UCGGUCAUAAGUGAAGUGCGAGGAUCUACAUUUGGGAUUAGCCACUGCUCGCGAUGCCAUUGUUGUCAGCCUCGCUCGCCUCUUCUUCCGCCAGGCACUGUUCCUGAACGGCCUGUGGCGACCACGCUGCUGACCCUCAACAGUUCUCUAUGCCUUAGCCCUGGGUCCUUGCGCGCUGUUAUUUUCAACCUAUACGCUCCUUCCAGCAGGCCACAUCUCUUCAUAGACCAUGCAAUCCCCGUCUUCCCCUCUUGCCACCGCUGGACAACGGCCGGACCAGAGCAUCAGUGUUUCCAGCAACGCGCCAAACGGAGCCUCGCUCACUGAUGGCGUAAACAGCCACGAUUCCUCGACGCACGACGCCCCUCAAUGCGACUCGGGUGCCAGCGAGGAUUCCUUUGAGGGUAAGAAAAUAGCAGAUGCAAUCAUGGCUACCGCUGAAGUCUAUGUAGAUUCGGCUGACGAUAAUAGCCAACGCCCGUCGUCGAGUAGAAAUGGCACUGUCUUGAUGCGGAAGCGCUUGCGAUCCGAAUCUCGCUCUUCGCUUGAAUCCGAAGACUUGCAAGAACAGUCCAGCGGCCAAACUGCUACCAUGAACGAUCAAGCACAAAAGAUGACUGACCUCAUCGACAGGGAGCUUGAGAAUUGGCCACACAGCAGCACCACUCUCACAACGAGUCUUAAUCUUCACAACGCAGAACAAACUACUAAGAAGAGGUUUCCUGAUCCCUGGGUGGCAGAGAUUGUACCCGGCCUAGUUCUUGGAGACGUCCCAGCCUCAAUAUGCCCAGAAAUGCUCCGAGAAAACCAUAUCAAUGCCAUGGUUUCACUGUACCAAUGUUUAUGUGGUUGGAAAUUAGCGAUGCUAAGAGCAGAGAAGCCAACCGACCGCCGCAUAUUUAUCCGAUGUCAAGACUCUUUAACUCUGGACGUCCUAGUUUACAUGAGCGACAUCUGUGACUUUAUCGAUCGAAUGGCCUCUCCAGCCUUGCAGCUAUCCUCAUCUCCACUGUUUUCCGCUCUACCACCCUCAGAAUCGAUACUAGUGCAUUGUGAAGCUGGACGGUCGCGUUCGCCAACUAUUAUUAUUGCAUAUCUCAUGCGAAAGUACUGCAUGAAUUACGGAGAUGCUCUAAAGUUUGUUCAAAUGAAGAGAAAAGUGAAGCCAAAUCCCAACCUUGUAAGGCAACUUCAAAUUUGGGAGGAGGUUGGGUACAACGUGUGGGAGGAUGACAAGAGAAUGAUCCCGAAGGCGCCAUAUCAAGCAUAUCUAGAUGAUCGAGCAGGCAUAAUGGACGGGGAACGGGAUCUAGACGCGAUUGCGAAUGCCAAAACAGCUCUAGAUUCGCCCUAUCCGAUCGGGCCAAAGUUUGAGCCCCCAUAUUGCUGCAAAAUGGUCGACGAUUGCCCCUGCAAAGAUUCAACACUACGUCCGCCUCGAAAUCAGACGUAAUAAACUCACUGUAGAUUAGCAUCCCAUCUUUUCUCCCCUCACUGUUUCAAAUUUCUGUGGCGACUUCUGCUAGACGCUGCACAUCAUGGAGAAGGGCAUGCGCGGUUAGCACCGCAUCAUCAGCCUCCGCAAGGCUCCCUAGCCCCAAGGAAAGGCCAAUAUGGAGCAACAUGCGGUGUCUCGUGGGUGGGGUCGAUAGCCGCAUUUUUCAAGCGUGGAACACACGACAGUGAGCAACGUGGGAACGCAGGAUCUAGUCACAGACUAUCUAAGUUUGAGUAUAGGGGUUGGAGCACGAGAAAAUGAGUUUUUGGUCGGAAGCUCUACGAAUGCAGAAGGUAUUAUCGGCUUUGGCGUCAGCUAUGAUAUCAAUGCGAUCAGUGAGGA